AGAAGAAUAUCGAUGUAUAAAAGGGGGUGUGUGUUUUGUUCGAGCACAGUUGAACUCUCGCUGAGUUGACUCCACGAUGAGGGCUGUCCUACUGAUACUUGCAAGCCUGGCCGCCGUGGCCAUGGCUAGGCCUGAACUCGACGACAACACCAGUAUGGUGCACAUGGACAUCAAACACCGGCAACUUAUCAUCCUGAAAUUGCUGAACCACAUCACGGAGCCGUUAAUGUACAAAGAUCUGGAGGAUUGGGGCAAGAACUUCAAAAUUGAGGACAACAUGGAUUUAUUCACUAAAACCGAUGUUGUAAAGCACUUCAUCAAAAUGAUCAAGACCGGAGUUCUGCCGCGCGGUGAGAUCUUCACUCUGCACAUUGACCGCCAGCUCAAGGAAGUUGUCACCAUGUUCCACAUGCUGUACUACGCCAAAGACUUCGAUACUUUCAUCAAGACCGCCUGCUGGAUGCGCCUUCACCUUAACGAGGGUAUGUUCGUAUACGCUCUCACCGUGGCAAUCAGACACCGUGAGGACUGCAAGGGAAUCAUCUUGCCUCCUCCCUAUGAAAUCUACCCAUACUACUUCGUACGUGCCGAUGUUAUCCAGAAGGCGUACUUAUUGAAAAUGAAGAAGGGAGAUGUUGAUCUUAAACUGUGCGACUUCUAUGGAAUCAAGAAGACCGACAAGGAUGUUUUUAUAAUCGACGAGAAUGUGUAUGACAAACGUGUACAUCUCUCCGACGAAGACAAGCUCCGCUACUUCACUGAGGAUAUUGACCUCAAUACCUACUAUUUCUACUUCCACGUUGACUAUCCAUUCUGGAUGAAGGACACCGUAAUGGACAAGAACAUGAAGACUAGGCGUUUUGAGCUUACAGUGUACAUGUACCAACAGAUCCUCGCUAGAUACUACUUGGAGCGUUUGUCCAACAGGAUGGGCAUGAUCAAGGAGUUCUCUUGGCACAAAACCAUUAAGAAGGGAUACUGGCCGUGGUUGAGAACGAGCAAUGGUGUUGAAUUCCCUGUAAGGUUCAACAACUUCGUCAUUGCACACGAUUACAACCGUGACGUCAUCCGUCUGUGCGAGGAGUAUGAGAGGAUUAUCCGCGAGGCUAUCAUCAAAGGAUUCAUCGAAAUUAACGGCAUGAGACUGGAACUUACCAAGACUGAGGACAUGGAGGUUCUUGGAAAACUGAUCUACGGUAAAAUCGACAAGCUUGAUCUUGACAGGACCGUGGUUGACUCAUACCGCUACCUGCUCAUCGUCAUGAAGGCUGCUCUUGGUCUUAACACUCUCCACUCCGACAAGUACUUCGUUGUUCCUUCUGUCCUCGAUCAAUACCAGACAGCUCUUCGUGACCCAGUAUUCUACAUGCUGCAGAAACGUAUCCUGGAUUUGGUAUUCUUGUUCAAGCUGCGUUUGCCUUGUUACACCAAAGAAGACCUCUACUUCCCCGGUGUGAAGGUCGACAGCGUUAACGUUGACAAGCUCGUUACUUACUUCGACGACUAUCUUAUGGACAUGACUAACGCUGUCUUCUUGACCGAAGAAGAGAUGAAGAAGACAAAGUCAGACAUGAAAUUCAUGGUUCGCAAGCGCCGCCUCAAUCACCAGCCAUUCAAGGUCACUCUUGACAUAUUAUCUGAUAAGGCCGUUGACUGUGUCGUAAGGAUAUUCCUUGGACCAAAGAAAGAUCACAUGGAUCGCCUCAUUGACAUCAACAUUAAUCGCCUUAACUUCGUUGAAUUAGAUACUUUCCUUUUCAAACUGACAACUGGCAAGAAUACUAUCGUCAGAAACUCUCAUGACAUGCACAACCUUGUUCACGACCGCAUGUUGACCCGUGACUUGGUGAAGAAGGUUGAAUCUAUCACCGACAUGAGGGACUUAUUGAUCAAGGACUUGAGGAACUACCAUACUGGCUUCCCCACCAGGCUACUUCUUCCUAGGGGCUUCGAUGGAGGUAUGGACUGUAUGCUGUACGUUAUUGUGACACCACUGAGGCUGGUCGACAACGUAGAUAUGAACGUGUUGGAUAUCUACCGUAAGGACUUAGUGCGCGACUUCAGAUCGACCGUCCUUCUCGACAAAAUGCCUCUUGGCUUCCCCUUCGAUCGCCGAAUUGAUGUUGGAAACUUCUUCACACCAAACAUGAAGUUCAUUGAUGUAAAGAUCUUCCACAAGAGGAUGACAUGUGACAUGAAGACCAGGUGGAACCGCUGGGUACUGAGGGACUACAACAUGGUGGACAGGACAACCAUCGAUUCUGACACCUACUUCGUGGAUACCGACCUGAACAUGAAAAUGGACCGCAACAUUAACCUGACCGACAUGUUUCAUAGCAUCAUCAGUUAUUUAGACAAGAUGAAGACGUUAACAGUGGUGUUAGUUGUGACUGUACUUGUGAUACAUAUUUCGGGGUAUUUGAUACAAGUGCCGACUGAAUGGACCGUGGAGAGGAUAGAAACUGUUCCAGCACAAUGGGUACAUGUACAAAAAAUGAUGAUCCCGUUAUUCGAAAAUGUUUGCGAGGAUAGCAGUGAUCCUGGCAUACGUAAUCUGGCUCAGGCAUUCAACUUUAAUCCAGAUGAUUAUACUGAACCAAGUGUGAUUACAAAUCUGCAGAAGCUCAAGGCAGCUGGCUUAAUGCCCAAGGGAGAAAUUUUCAGCGAGUAUAAUCCUGAGCAUAUGAAGGAACUGAAAAUAAUAUACGAAGUUUUGUACUCCGCCAAAAAUUUUGAUGCGUUCUAUAAAGCAGCUGCAUGGGCGCGCCAGAAUUUAAACUGUGGACUCUUUGUUAAUGCUAUCUACUUGACUAUUCAAAGCAGGAAAGAUACAGAGCGACUUUCCAUACCAGCACCUUAUGAGGUCUUACCAAACUACUUUGUUCGCAAAGAGGUUCUAGUCAAAGCUUCGACAAUUCUAUCUGGCCAGGAAGUCACUCCUUCUGAGAGUAUUCGCGAGGAUGGAAAUGCUUACAUUAUUGAUGCCAACUACACUGCAAUGUUUUACGACAACGACGAUGACUCAAAAUUGGCCUAUUUCCGCGAAGAUAUUGGAUUAAACUCUUAUUAUUUCUUAAGAAAACUUAGAAUGUCACCAUGGCUCAAUAACGACAUAAACGGCAGAUAUGGAGAAAAUGUGUAUCAGAUGAUGAAACAAUUCAUGGCGAGAUAUAAUUUAGAAAGAUAUGCUAAUGGUAUGCCAGAGAUAGAGGGCAUUGACUGGAAUUCUUUACCUGAUAUUCCUUACGAUCCUGAACUAGUUUAUUCUGACGGCAUUGAAUUUAGCCAUAGAACAAAACCUUUAGUAUUACCAGUUAAUGAUGAAUUAGCAUUAUUACAAACAAUAGAAAAUAAUAUUGUCACCGUAGCCAGCCACAUGCGCCAGAGUGGAUAUAAUAAAACACAAAUAUUGAAUCAUUUAAUGGAAAUCCUUGUCACGGGGGAGAGGAGUUAUGAGACAUUGGCUCGCCAGCUCCUUGGCAAAGAUCACACCAACAACGGACACGUUUCGGUGCUAGAACACUGCAUGACUUCGAUGCGAGAUCCGAUGUUUUGGAAGAUAAACAAGAAGAUAGUUGACCUCGUCGACAGUGCUCUAAAACUGUUACCAACAUACUCAAGGAGUGAACUGUACUUCCCUGGAGUGGAGAUCGUAAAUAUUGAUGUAAAGAAAAUGAUGACAGCGUACGAUUACUUUGAGUUCGAUGUUACAGACGCUCUAAAAUUAGACAACAGUAAGUCACCCUUAAACAUUAAAAUAGGUCAGCCCAGGUUAAACCAUAAACCAUUUACGGUUAAACUUAAUAUAUCAUCUCUGGUAACUAAAAAAGGUUUGGUUAAAAUUUAUUUGGGGCCAAAACUUAUGCCUGGUGAACUGGCUGCUAAAAAGAAUCUUUUCACGCUUCUUGAUGUCUUUGAAGUCAAUCUUAAAAUUGGAAGAAAUAUUAUAUCAAGAACAUCGAAUGACAUGAAGCACUUAUCUUCAGACUUUAUUUCACUUAAAACUAUCAAAAAGCAAGUAGUGGACGCAGAAUUUGGAUUAGAUUCUUUGCCGUUAAAAAUGAUCCAUUCACAAAUUGGAUAUCCAAACAGACUCAUUUUGCCAAAAGGUUUAUCUACAGGUUUGCCUAUCCAAAUGUUUGUUUUCAUAGCACCGUUCACCAAAGCAAGUAUGAGUAGCACAUACUCAACAAAUACAAUGGACUUCAAUUCUGCAAUUUUAUCGCCGGGUUAUCCACUUGAUUUGAUGAUUGAAGAUAAACAAUUGUUUUCAUUGCCAAAUGCAUUGAUUAAAUAUGUCACUAUAACUCAAAAGGGUGAUAGUAAAGUAGAAAAUUAUGGCGGUCCCGGCGUAACCAAACAAUGGUAUGGUACAAAUACUUACGAUCCUUCCAGUCGCCCUAGUUAUUCACCUGAAAUUAGAAAAACUUUUGAUUACAACUCAAAAAGAGGUCCACCUACAAAGAAUGAAAAUAAUGCAGAUGAAGGUCCUGAAUAUUUAUCUAGAAUAGAUGACUACAACACGUAUUCUCUAGUUACACCUUCAGAACAAGAGUCUAUUCCUGAAACAGUACACGAGGUUAAUUUAAAUAAUGAUAUUGUACACUCGAUCAAUUCUUUGAAUUAUAUAAAAGAACCUUUCGACAAUAACGCAAAAUUUGAGAAAAAAGAUAAUUCUGCGGAAAGGGAAGAAAACUCAAACAAAAUGUCAUCAAAGGAAGAAGAUGAUAUUUGGGUUCCCAUAAACAAAGAUUUAGAAAGCGACGAAUAUUUAGACAAAGGCACCCCUCGUUUGCUAAAGACAGCUAGUUAUGAUUAUUCUUCCAAAUACAAAAAAAGAGAACCAUUUGAUUACAACGCGAAGAAAGUACAGUUUGACAAAAAAGAUUAUUCUCGUAAACGAGAAGACUAUACCAAAUAUCGUACCGCAGCACCAACCGAAGUCGAGGCUACCUCUAUAAAAACACAAGACCUUGAAGAAUUACUUUCCAAUGAAAUUAAGGACAGUGUCAAUUUAAUUGAUGAUACUUUUAGACUUCUAAAAUCAAGUAAAUUCGAUUAUACCUCAAAGAAUAAUAAAGAACCAUUUGACUACAAAGCUAAAAAAGCCCAAUUUGAUAAGAAAGACUAUUCUGCAAAAAGAGAUUAUACUAAAUACCGUACUGUAGCACCAAUAGAAGAAGGAGUCGAAGUUACUACAACUGAAACACCGUUAGAGACAGACUUAGAUUGGGAAGAAAUGAAAGAAUCCGUUAAAGAAAUACUUAACACACCAAGACUGCUGAAGUCUUCUAAAUUUGAUUAUUCUGCGAAAAGAAAAGAAAACUUUGAUUACAAAGCUAAGAAGGCCCAAUUUGAUAAAAAAGAUUACUCUGCAAAAAGGGGGGAUUACACUAAAUACCGAACAGUUGCACCAAGCGAAGAAAAAGUCACUACUGCAGCUACUGUUAAUGAACUAGAAUCUAAUGAAGAAGAAUUAGCAAGAAUAGUAUUAGAAAAAGACACUAAUAAUUUAGACUUGAUCAGUGAAGUUAAAGAAAAUAAUAUUAAUGUAGAUAAUAAUGACAACGAUUCAUUAGAUAUUGAGACAUUUCCUCUUGUUAUAGUCAGAAAUCGUACUCCUACGAUAUAUGACUUUCUGUUCCAUGCCUUUGACCAUGAUUAUAGUCCAGAAAUUAAUGUUUACGAGAAAUAAUUGCACCUUUGUAAUAAUUAGAUAGGUAAAUAGACUAGAUGUGGUAUAUACAAUAUGUAUGAUUGCUGUAUUAUAUAUUGUUUUUAUUGGAUUAAAUGUUAUUAUUUUA